AAAGCACCUGCCGCUGGAAGGGGAUGUUGUCUCAGAGGAGGAGGCUCUGCCGGAGCCCAGGGCAGGUCCAGCCGGGAAUCCCACCGGCCGGCACCGCUCGGGAAGGGGCAGGGUGAGCCUGUCCCCCCGGAGCCCCAUCGCUCCGCUCGGCCUCCUGCCGCUGGUGACGGCCUUCCCCGGAGCGGCUGCUCGGGGGCCGCCGCGCUGCGCAUCCCCCGAGGCCGACUGCGGCGGGGGCCCCUCGGAGCUCCCCCCGGUAACUGUCCCGCUCCGCCCGGGCUGGCAGCCGGGAUGCCCCGCGGCCUGGGAGCCGUCCCGCCCUGUGUACCGAGCAACGGCGGGGCGAUGCGGCGCUGAGAGCUCCCGCACUCCCCCCUCCUCCGCCAUUCCCCCCCCCGCCCUGGGGGCCGGCGGAAGGCGGGGGGGAGCGGGGCGGGGCGGGGCGGCGGGGCCGGGACCGGCUCGAUGCUGCCGCGGGUCCGCGCCGCCCUGGCGCAGCUGGUGGCGGGGCUGGGGGCGGGCGCGGAGCCCCCCGCCGAGCCCGGCGGCGGGGACGGGGGAUUGCCGGCGGCCCCCUCCUUCUGCCGGCCGGCCUUCCUCCAGCUGAGCGCCGAGGAGCUCCGCCGCGCCGACGACCAUGCGGGGCGGGCGGUGCAGAGCCCCCGCGACGGCCGCCGCCGCCUGCCCUGGAGCACCGGCUACGCCGAGGUGAUAAAUGCGGGGAAGAGCCAGCACAACGAGGACCAGGCGUGCUGCGAGGUCAUGUUUGUGGAGCGGAGGCCCAGCCCCAGGGGCCGGCUGCCGUCCAGGGAAGGCAGCGGGGAGCUGGACGGGGGCAGGAAGGGUUUUUAUUUCCACUACUGGGCCUUGUUUGAUGGCCACGCGGGCAGCGGUGCUGCUGUCAUGGCAUCCAAGAGGCUCCAUCUGCACAUCUGCGAGCAGCUCCGGGACCUGGUGGACAUCCUGCAGGACCCCUCUCCGCCUCCCAUCUGCCUCCCGCAAGACGCAAGGGCCGAGCUGAGCCGGGUGCCCCUCGCAGACGACGACGGGGAGGUCCCCAACAGUGCCGUGCCACGGUUUCACCUGGAGAAAGCAGUCUCUCACGAGAGCCUGGUGAUUGGUGCCAUCGAGAACGCCUUUAAGCACAUGGACGAGCAGAUCGAGCGGGAGCGAGCGUCCCAGCGUCUCUCCGGGGGCUGCUGUGCCCUGGCUGCCGUCUACCUCAUGGGCAAGUUCUACGUGGCCAACGCCGGCGACAGCAGGGCCAUUAUCAUCCGUAACGGGGAAAUCAUUCCAAUGUCCAGGGAGUUUACUCCAGAGACAGAGAGGCAGAGGCUGCAGUUUUUAGCGUUCCUGAGGCCCGAGCUGCUGGGCAAGGAGUUCACCCACCUGGAGUUCCCCCGCAGGAUCCAGCCCAGGGAGCUGGGGAAGAAGAUGCUGUACAGAGACCAAAACAUGAAUGGCUGGGCUUACAAGAAGAUAGAAGAGGAUGACCUGAAGUUUCCACUCAUCUACGGGGAAGGCAAAAAGGCUCGGGUGAUGGCCACGAUUGGGGUCACGCGGGGCCUGGGAGACCACGACCUCAAGGUGUUCAGCUCCAACAUCCACAUCAAGCCUUUCCUGUCCUGCUUCCCAGAGGUCAGGGUUUACGACCUCACGCAGUACGAGCACUGCCCUGACGACGUUCUGGUCUUGGGCACUGAUGGGCUCUGGGAUGUCACCAACGACACGGAGGUAGCUGGCGUGGUGAUGGAGGUGCUGACGAGUUACGAGCCCAACGACCCGUGCAGGUACACCAUGGUGGCCCAGGAGCUGGUGGUGCGGUCCAGGGGGGUGCUGAAGGAGCGGGGCUGGCGGCUGGCCAACGACAAGCUGGGCUCCGGCGACGACAUCUCUGUCUUUGUCAUCCCUCUGGGCGGCCCGGGCAACUACACGUGAUGCCCGACGUCCUCGGGGCAGUGGGGCUGGCUUUGCCUGGAUGGAGACGUGCGGGACACUGGGGCUGCCUCAGGGCCACUGGCGCUGCCUCGGGGCCACCUCUUCCCCAAGCCCAUGUCUCCUGAGCCGACCGCGAGUAAGAAACCUGGAAUCUCUGUCCGUGCCCCUGCCCAGAGCAUCCCCCUCCACCUGCUGCAUCCAGCCCCGGGGAGAUGGAAGGUCCCGGACAGAGAGUGGGGACAGGGAUCAAGGGGUGAUUUUCGUGCUGCCUUCCCCAGAGCCCCUGGGAGGGAAUGAGCUCCUGCACUCGCGCUGGCUGUGCCACCGGCUCUGCCCCAGCCCUCUGCAUGCCCGGGACCACUGCUGCGUCUCUGGAGCCGAUUAUUUAGCUGGAGAGCUGAGCUGGGAAAUGUCUAAAUCCUGUCUUGGUGUGGGGAGUCUGUAUGAAGAUAUGUCUAUACUUCUGGGCAGUGUGAAGUUGGCCGCUGCCGAGCAGCGGUUGCAGACAGAGCAGCCCUGUUCAGCCGAGCUUAACAGCUUAAACGUGCUGCGUGGAUCUGCUUAGCCGGGGGCUGGAAACCCACAGUAAAAGCAGCUUGGUUGUGAGCAGGGGGGGGAGACAACAAUUUUUCUUAAUAAUCUCAAAGCUGGUGCUGAGCAGAGCUGUAGCAGCAGCUGAUCUCUGCACAGGAUCUUAUUUUGCAUCGCUCUGACCUGGGGGAUGCAUUUCCUCGACCCCUGCAGAGCGUUGCAUCCUCCCAAAACACGAGGGAUGGUCCCGUCCUGGCAGCGUGGUGAUGGGCAGAGCUGGGCCAUGGGCCCCUGUUUUGGGAAGGCCCCGUGGCACCAGUAGUCGGUGUCCUGCUGUCGCUGGGUGCAGCCAGCUCGUCGGGUGUCACCUCUGGUGAACGCUGUUUGUCUCUUGUAAUCAGUGAGAGGUAAAUAAACUGGGCGCACUUAAUGGCAAGCAAAAGUUACCCAGCGAGAUUUUAACCUAUUGACAUCUUCUGUGCUGGAGGGAGCAGGGAGCGAUACCGGGGCCGGGAGCCUGUCCUUGCGUAGCACCCUGUGUUUAAAUAAAGGUUCUGCCACUCGCAA